AUGUCCUACAAAUCUUCCACCGCGCGAAAGAAUUCCAAUUAUCGUCGGGAAGAGCAGCUGCGGCAGCAGCAGCAGCAGCCGCUAGACAUCAUCAAGAACGUGGAAUUGCGAAGCGAGAGGACGAGUCCGCAGCUUCAAGUUGGUGAAGCGAAGGAGAAGUCUUUAGGGCCUUCGGUGAAGCAGUGUGGAGCAGCAGCAGGUGCUGUUAGCUACUCGGCACAGUACGAGUCACCGACGGUCGUGUACGACGAGAAAAGGUACGUCACUCUUGUGCUGAUGUCUGAGAGAAGCAAAAUUUGACGGGGAAAAGUGAAUAAAGAAUCAGAUGCACCUUAUUCGGAAGAGAACAAUGCUAAUGCAGCAUUUUUGGUGAUUCCAAUGCAGUUAUCAUGAACCGAAAGAUUUUUUUUUCUUUCAGGUGUGGCGAUAAUGCAAGCGCGAAUUGGUACGACGAGAUCGACUUUGGUGAAGAGGAGAGUGAAACCUGUCAACGACGUCCGGAGGCGGACCCACACGACGCAAAAAGCUGCAGCGUCGAGCACCAGAACAACAACGGUCAUAUUGAGCGAGGACACCUGGAAGCAGAAAAGAACGCAAAUAGAAACCCCGCCGUCGCCAGCUGUGUAGCAUCUCGUCCCCAAGAGCAGUCCGCACGGCAGUGCUCCACCUCCCCCCCGCAACAACAACUUCUGCUGAUUGACGACGAUCUGUUGCCGCCGAGUGCGCUGUCGCUCUCUAUUUCCCCGGCGAUUGCAAAUGACUUGCUAGACCACGACGACCAAAAUGAUUUAGAUUUUGCUGUUCGUCGUCCCGACAGGCUACAAAGAACGGACGGUGGUGGCCUUGAACAAAAGGAGCAGGUCCUAGAAGGUCAACAUCAGGAAGUAGAUCCUCAACCCGAAAUCACCCCGACCGCUGCCAACGUGGCGACCGAUGUGCGGGAUUUGUUGCGCGAAAUCGAUGCGGUUAGAGAAGAGUUGCAGACGAAGCAGGCUGGUUCUGUUGCUAGAGGACGCACACCAGUAGGAGGAGGAGACAAGCAACAGCAAAGCUCCGCUCCACAAGCUGGCCACUCCAGUCUCUCCCUGUCGUCAAUUUUUUGAACACCGUGCACUGGCACUGCUUGAUAAUUGCAGGCAGCGACACAACACAACUUUCUGUUCCCUGCGGCAGGAGGCUGUUGUGCUCAUGAUAAUUCUGACUUCGAAGUCGGAAUGAACAGGGACAGGGCCGCACGGACGUGAAAUCUAUCGUGAAUGCUUGAAAAGCAUGUACUAACGUCAUAAGGUGUACGAGGAGCGUGCUCUAGACUUAGGUAUGAAGCUGCAAGCUUAAGAUGUUGAUGUGUUCAAACACAAUCGCUCGAAACACGAAGGGAAGAUCUCGAUUCAAAUUUUUGUGCAACUUUCUUUCCGGGUCGUGCUAUCGCAAAGGUGAGCAAUCAAAAGGUCGAAUGGUGUCGCCAAUUUUUUUUUGUCGGAUGCAGUGAAGAUAAAGUAAUUGCGUCGACGGCGCGCCAAACAGAAACAUGAG